AAUCUGAGAAAGAGUAGGGCAGGAAAGCCAAUACAAUUCUAUAUUUUCAUUGUUUGUUCUUCUGUCAUUGACUCAGUGUGUCCUCUUAUUUGUUUGGACUCUAAAGUGUGUCACCUUUCAGAAAAUAAAUAUUGCAGGUGAAUGUAGUGAUGGGCCAUGACAAGUAUCAAUACUUCAAACCAACCUUCUGUUACUUAUCAUUUUCUUCUUCUUAGCACCUUUUCAACACUUCUCUAUAAAGCAGGGCCAGGACCUCCUGUGUGAAGGACUCUUCUCGGUAUCUUAUUAUUGCUUGUUGCAGGUAAGGUAAUACAGAGUUAGAAUUGUAAUAAUGGGCUCUGGAGGUUGGCUCAAGAAGAUGAUCGGCUCAAAGAAAGAAAAGAAUGGAAACGCGAAGUCCCUAGAGGUAUAUUCACAGAAAGAUUCCUCCAAUACUGUUAACAAUAUUGCUGAUGAGGAACCUGUGACAGUUGCUAAGUCAAUUGAGGAUAUAGCAGCAACGCGAAUUCAAUGUUCAUUUCGAGCAUACAAGGCAAGAAAAAUUCUUCGCUUUUUGAAAGGGACCUUAAAAUUGCGUACCUUAACUCUGGACAGUUCUGUGAGUAAGCAAGCUUCAGCUACUCUGAGACACCUUCACACAUGGAGCAGGAUACAAUCUGAAAUUAGAGCCCGUAGAAUCAGUAUGGCAACAGAAGCUCGAAUUAGACAGAAGAAUUUGGAAAAUCAAUUAAAGCUCGAUGCAAAGCUGCAUAACCUAGAGGUGGAAUGGGAUUGUGGCACUAAAACAAUGGAGGAAUCUGUGUCAAAUGUUUAUUUAAGAGAAGCAGCAGCAGUGAAGCGUGAAAGAACUAUGGCUUAUGCCUUCUCUCAUCAGUGGAGGGCCAAUAAGAAUCCUGUUUUGAAUAAUAAUGAACUUGGCAAUGCUAUCUGGGGCUGGAGCUGGACAGAACGCUGGAUUGCAGCUCGGCCAUGGGAAAGCAGAGCCCUUGUUCAAUCAAGCCCGAAGAAAUCAAUGAGUAGGCAAUCAAGCAAGACUAGUAAAAACCUGAAAUCACCGACAAUGAAACCAAUGCGUUCAGUUAAGUCCAUUUCACCUAAUGGAAAAGGAACUAUAAAAUCUCGCAAGUUGUCUUAUGGAGAACCUGGGCAACAGGCAGCGGCUAAUAAAGAACAGAUGGCAUGUUAGCUGCAUGUCAAUAUCACUGCAGAAGGAACAAAGAAUCAACAGUUAUACCAGAACCAGUGACCUUAUUUCAGAGUGGAUUAUUUAUCAAUAAUGAAUUUUUUUUGUUGUGUGCAUAAGAAUCAAGUGAAAACUGCAGUUUUUCUGAGCCCAAUUUAUGUCAUGUAUCUUUUGUAAAUAGGAACAGCAAUUUGGUUUUA